AUGGGGUGCAUGUUCUCUCACCUCGCCGCCAAGUUCGCCUUUUUCCCUCCUACUCCUCCCACCUACCACCUUACCAAAAACCCCGAUGGAAAACUCACCGCCGUCUCCGCUUCCUCCUCCUCCACUUUUCCCGCCGCCGGAGACUCAUCUAUCGACGUCAGAGUGGUAAAGACGAGACGCGGAAACAAAGUCGCAGCUUUCUACCUGAGAAACCCAAACGCGAGGCUCACACUUCUCUAUUCACAUGGAAAUGCCGCAGAUUUGGGACAGCUCGUUGAUCUCUUCGUUCAACUUAAAGUCAAUCUCCGAGUUAAUCUCAUGGGGUAUGAUUAUUCGGGCUACGGAGCCUCUACCGGCAAGCCGAGCGAGUAUGAUACAUAUGCGGAUAUAGAGGCUGUUUACGAGUGUUUGCAGACAGAAUAUGGUGUUGGACAAGAGGAUUUGAUUUUGUAUGGUCAAUCUGUUGGUAGUGGACCGACGCUGCACCUUGCCUCUAAGCUUCCUCGGCUUAGAGGUGUUGUUCUUCAUAGCGGCAUUCUCUCUGGUCUUCGUGUUCUAUGUCAUGUCAAGUUCAAGUUUUGUUGUGAUAUUUAUUCGAACGUAAACAAGAUCAAGAAGGUCAAAUGCCCAGUUCUUGUCAUACACGGAACAGAGGAUGAUGUUGUGAAUUGGCUGCACGGAAACAGGCUAUGGAAAAUGGCGAAAGAACCGUAUGAACCGCUUUGGAUUAAAGGUGGUGGACAUUGCAACCUAGAGAUUUAUCCUGACUACAUUAGACAUCUCUAUCGUUUUAUACAAGACAUGGAGAAUACAACCACUAAGUCCCGUCUCAAGACGAUUUGGCAGGAAAUCCGUCGGCAAGAGGAGUCCAAGGGAUGCUGUAGUUUCAAACUAUGUAGACCAAAAUGCCCUUCGUGUCCUAAACCUAGUUGCGACUGUGGCGAAUGCGGUUGUUGCAAGUGUGAGUGUCCGUCUUUGCAAGGAUGUUUCUCUUGCUGUAAGAAACCGAGCUGUGUUGGUUGUUGCUGUCCCAAGUUCAACUGCUGCAGCUGCAGCUGCUUUGGGAAGCCUAAGUGUCCGAAAUGCUCUUGUUGGAAAUGUCUAAAAUGCUCCGAGUCUGAGUGUUGUCGGAGUUGUUGUUGUGCCGGUUGUUUUAGCUGGCUCUGUUGUUGCGGCGGAGGGAAGAGAAACGAGCAGAAGACGAGAGGAGAAACUACGGUGGCCAAGAGUGAAGGGUAAUAUUAGUACUUUCAUAUUCUUGUAUAGAUUCUGUUUCAAAUAUUCGGUACAACACAUUCAUGGGAAGAGACUGAGUUUUGAGGCGAAGAGUUCCAUAUAAUUCUGAGUAACAAAACAUUUAUUGAGGAAUAGGUUGAAAAAAGGAAACUUGAAUCUUG